CGUGUGGCUCGUCUCAUUUGCACGCAUCCUUUCAACGCGAUUCAAAGUGACUCAAACCAACUGCAACCGGGUAUCUCGCCUAUUUACGAUUUGAAUAUAAUAAAUCUGAAAAUAUCUACAUCGUGAUAAGUCUCAAUUAUCAAACAAUUGUUACACCUAAAUCGUUUAUAGUGUCCGAUAUAUGUAUAUGGAACCGUUUGUAAAACUUAAAGUAAAAAUAGAGAGUGAAAUGUUCAACGAGGAAUAUUCUUUUGUUUAAAAACCUUCGACUGAAAUAAAUUUUUGAUACUCAGGAUGAUAUUAGAGAUAUACUUUUAAUGAGUGAAGUAGUUUGUUUUUUUAAGUUCCAUUAUAAUAAUCGUGAGACUAUUUUUUUGCUUGAAUUGACAAGUCAAAUUAUUCAGGAUAAAGAAGUGAAUUCGUUUAUCACCAAAGUGGAUGAUAGUGAAAUCGAACAAUAUACACGUACGUUAUACUUUAAAAGCGAAUUGGGAGCAUAGUACUCGAAAAGCUGUUGAACACUAGAAGACCACAAAAAAGAGCACCUAUGCCCUGAUCCAGUCUUACCAGAUUGGACAAUUCUGUACACGUUGAAUUCAAAAAUUACAACGGUGGACCAAUUGGCAUUUUAAAAACGUCUUUUGGAGUAAACUCAAUUUUUUUAAACGUACUUGAAUCUAUUCUAUAAUGAAUAGUCUAAAUAAAUAUUUCCAAGCACUAAUCGUGAUCGUGACACCAAAUUAAUUAUGUUUUUCGACAAUCGAUAAGUGAACCACAUAAAAUAUUUUGUAAUGAAAUGAUGUUGGGCGAAGUGACGUGAGCAUAAAUUAAUUACAUCAGUAAUUGUUUAUACGAUAUAGAAACUUUGAAACAUUAAAAUAAAACUACGGACUUUCUAUUAAUAAAUAAUUAAUUUCAAUAAUUUGGUAUUUUAUAUAUUAAAGAAAAAGAUUGUAACUGUAGCGUUCGCAAUCAAAUAAUAUAAUUUAAAAGCUUUAAUAAAAUUGAGGGUGGGUGGGUGGAAUCUUCGAGUGAAAAGAUAAUUCUAGUGGAACUUUUUGUGAAAUUCAACGUUAAAUUAAGUUUUUAAAAUGAAGUUCAUAACCUCCCUCUUCGGGGUGGAAUCUCCGAAGAAAGUCGGCAGGCAGUACAUGAAGGUGGGCAGGAACGCCCUUUUUGGCAUCAAAUCACGGAAAGGUGGUGAAAUUCGACCGGAACAAAUACCGAAGCCUCUCAGCAUAAUUAUUUCGGAAUGCGGCAAGCUGAAACACAGUAGGAUUGCUGUCAUUCUUUUUGGUCUGCUGGCUUUGACAAUCGGUAUAAUCCUGUGCACCAUACCAUGGGUCGAUUACGUUAUUUUAAGGCAAUUAAGGCUGUGGAAUGGAUCGCUAUCUUUCCAGUAUUGGCAAAAACCGGGUGUCGUGCGACUGACCAAAGUCUACAUUUUCAAUGUGACCAACAGUGAAAAUUUCUUAAAUUUCAACGAGAAACCGAAACUUCAGGAGAUUGGACCAUUUGUUUAUAAGGAAGAUAUGGAGAAAGUGAACAUUGCUUUUCACGACAAUGGAACGGUGACUUAUCAGCACAAAAAAAUCCUCAACUUCGUGCCAGAAAUGUCCAAAGAUGGAAAUCUGCAGGUUUUGGUGCCCAAUAUACCUCUGCUCACUUUAUCAACACAAAGCAAAAGUCUUCCAGGAUUUUUAACUGCGGGUCUUUCAAUAUUCCUAAGUGGAAUGGACAUGAAACCAUUCGUUCCAAUCACCGCUCAAGAGCUUGUUUUUGGCUACGACGAUCCACUGGUGAGCCUGGCGCAUCGAUUUUUUCCAAAAACGCGAAGACCUAUGAGUCAAAUGGGUCUUCUCCUUGGGAGAAAUGGCACUUUGAAUGAGGUAUCAACCAUUUAUACGGGUCACACAGGCAUGACAAAUUUUGGAAUCAUAAAUAGGCUCAAUGGUCUAGAUCGAUUGCCAUAUUGGCCAGACGCACCUUGCAAUUCCAUCCGUGCUUCAGAAGGUUCGUUUUUCCCGCCCCGGGAUACAACAGGGGAAGACAUCGUUCAUAUAUGGGAUAAGGAUCUUUGUCGUGUGUUGCCACUGCAAUAUCGUGGACCGUCGGAAAAAACUGGAAUAAAGGCCGACUUGUACACUCCAUCGGAUACUAUAUUCGAUCCUCCAUCGGCAACGACACCUGAUAACGAAUGCUUUUGUCCGGAUAACCCGAAAGAUUGUCCGCUCAAAGGAUUACAGGAUAUAAGUCCUUGCCAAUACAGUGCUCCAGUCUACAUAUCGUUCCCGCAUUUUUACAAAGCAGAUCCUCGCCUCUUGGACGCAGUGAGUGGCUUGAAGCCAGUGCCAAAAUUACACGAAACGUAUUUCAAAAUACAACCGAAAUUGGGAGUACCUGUAGAAGGCAAAGUUCGCGUUCAACUGAAUUUGAAGGUGGAGCGUCAAGCAAAUAUUGGAGUAGUUGCCAACUUCCCGGAUAUCGUUUUUCCAAUAAUGUGGCUGGAGGAAGGGAUUGAGGAGUUGACACCGCCUAUUAGAAGAUGGGUUUAUCUUUCAACAACAUUUGCCGACGUGGCAGCGCCUUGUAUCAAUUACGGUUUAAUUCUAGUCGGAUUUAUAGCAAUAAUCGCUGCUGUCGGAAAGACUUACAACGACGUGAUAUUUAUGCACGAAGCUAUUGAAAUGAGCAAAAGAACAAUUAGAAGAGGUUCCUCUAUUAUAGGCACACAGCACAGGCUGCUCGUGGUUAGAGAGUCUUACGUUUUAUUAAAUAACGACAUGGAGGAAAACAAGGAAAUGGUUGAAGUAUAAUAAGACGGUACUAAGGACAAGUACUUGAAUCAGAUCAAAAUAUGUCCAAAUUAUCAAAUACAUAAAGCGGGUACUCCAUUUCUGCAGUAUUGUAAGAUAAAAACAUGUUGAUCCUCGAUGCAACACAGCACACGUUCGUAAAACCGUUUAUACGUGUGAAUCAUUGUUGGGAUCUUUAAAGAUAUAUACAUAUAUAUUGUACUAAUA